AUGCACUUCCCACUCCUCCUCAUCCCCCUCCUCCACCCCCUCACAACCCACGCCCUCAACAUCACAACCCCCCAACCCAACAACCCCUUCGCCCCCUCGCCCCUCCCCCCCUCGCACGCCCAAUCCGACGGCGACGCAAUCGUCUCCCUCUUCCAAACCCUCGGUCGCACCACCGUCUGGACCCUCAUCUCGCAAACCCCCUUCCAAGGCGACACCUACGAGCCCGAAGGCAUCGUCCGCCUGGGCCCCUCCCGCUACAUCGUCAGCGCAGGCGAAUACACCCUCCCGACGAUCCCCUACGGCAAAGUCAUCAACGGGACAGAUCGUACCGCGGGCGCCGGGUUCGCGCAUCUGAUUGUUUUCUCGGGCAAUGGGACCCGGAUCGCGGAUGUCACGUUGACGAAGCCCGGCGAGGUGGAGUAUCAUAACGGCGGGAUUGAUUUCGAUGGAGAGUGGAUCUGGUGUACGAUUGCGCAGUAUCGGCCCAAUACGACGGCGCAUGUGGUGAGGGUUGACCCGAGGACGCUGGAGCAGACGACAAUUUUACGCUACGAUGAUCAUUUGGGUGGGAUUGUGCAUGAUGUGCAGAGGGGGAGUAUCACGACGUUGAACUGGGGCGCGAGGAAUGCGAGCACGUUUGACUUGAGGAGAAGGCCGGGUGGGUAUGGCUGGAACGCGGGUGUCGCGAAGGCGGCGAGUGUGGUGCGGAACCCAUCGUAUUUCGUCGACUAUCAGGACUGUAAAUUUCUGGGCCACUCGAGGCUGUACAACGGCCGGGCUGUGAUGCUCUGCUCUGGGGUAGCGACCAUUGGAUCUGGAGCUUCUUCGUACAAUCUGGGCGGCGUUGCGAUUGUGGAUGUCGAGACUAUGGUUCCUCUGAUGGAAGUACCCAUCACGAUGCGGAGUGUUCUGGGCACGCCUGUCACACAGAAUCCUGUCGAGGUCAGUGUUGAGGAUGGGAAGCUGAGGCUUUACUUCUUGCCGGAUCAGCAUACGAGCAUUUUGUACGUGUAUGAGGCGCAGCCUGAUAGUCCUUAUGAGUUCUAG